AUGUCACCAGCAUCGACAUCAGGUGGUUCCCAUAGCGGAAAUGGCUCAUCAUCUUCGAAUGGAAAACGUAACGGAAAUAAUUAUCGUUACCGUACUGUCAAUGCACAAUCAGAAGUUGAUGAAACUUUAUUUGGUACUCCACAUCGAUUAGCAACAGCUGCAAAAAUGAGAGCAGAACGCCAGCAAACUCAAGAUUAUCAAGAAAAACCAUUACAAAAUGCACCAAAACAACCUGCAACUGUUAAAAAAGAAUUUAUUAGGCAUAUUACCAAAGAUCUUAUUCGAGAUAUCAUUGUUCCGGAAGAUCCAACAUGUACAUCAGUUAUCAUUGAUGGAUCGACGUAUCAACGUCUAUCACAUGCAGCUAGUCUUAAACCUAAGGAAGCACGUGAACAUGAAAUUUUAGAAUCUAAACGAAAUCGAGAUUCAGUUGAAGACGAACUUAAUCGUCGUAAAAAAGCAAUGCAAGAAUAUGAUCAACAUCGUAAAAAAAAUGCUCCAUUAGAAGAUAUUGAUCUAGAAGCCAAAGAAGAAGCUGAAUAUAUGUUAAAACGAGCCAAUGAACUUCGACAAGAGCAAGAAGAUGAAGUUAAACAUCUUAAUGAAUUAAUUCUCAAUGCAAAAUGUCAUGCUAUACGUGAUGCACAACUUCUUGAAAAACAGCAAAUUAAAAAAGAAAUGGCUGAAGAAGAUAAGCGAUUAGAUAUGAUGAUGGAAAUUGAACGUCUUAAUGCACUUAAAAUACAAGAAGAAAUCGAACAACGACGACAUGUACAAGCUAAAGAUGGUGCAAGUAUGAUAUUGAAACAAAUUGAAGAGAAUGAAAAAGAAAAGGUUUAUAAAGAAGAAGUUCGUGAACAAGAAAAUACUGCCAUGUUUGAUUAUAUGCAAAAAUUACAAGAAAAAGAUUGGGAAGAUUUUUCAAAAAGAAAAGACUCACAAAAAAAAUUAGCCAAAGAUCUUUUGAAAGCUAAUCGUGAAAUUGAUGAACAACGUGCUAUACGGAAACAACAAGAUCGUAUAGCUGAUUUAGCUGUACUUGAAUUUCAAAAAGCAAAAGCAGCACGUGAAGCUGCACAAGAAGCUGAAAUUGAACAUAAACGUACUGAAAAAGAAAAGGAAGUCGCACGUUUGCGUGCUCAACAAGAACGUGCAAGAGAUAUACAAGCAGAUAAAGAUGCUUUGAGAGCUAAACGUGAGCAAGAAAGACGUGAACGAGAAUGGAGAGACAAAGAAAAACUCGAAGCAUUAAAAAAGAAACAAACUGAAGAAGAAAUGCGUUUAGCACGAGAAUGGCAAAUUAAAAAUAAAGAACAGCAUUUAGCUGUCGAAGCUGCAAGAGAAAGAGCAGAAUUUGAACGUGUACUUAAAGCUCAGUUGACACAAGCUGAAAAAGAACGAAACGAAGAAUUACAACGUAUUUCAAAACGUCACAGAUUUGCUGAUGAUUUACGUGAUCAAAUCGUUCGUCAUGAAAAACAAAAAGUUGAAGAACGAGCUGCAUUUUUUGACGAAGGUGUUCGCCUUGAUGAACAAGCCCGCUUACGUAGACUUCGUCUUGAUGAAAUUAAAACACAAAAACUUAAUGAAUUACGUCGUGCUGGUGUGCCUGAAAAAUAUUGCGCUGAUAUUGAAAGAAAAAUUAAUGCACCAAUUAAUUUGAAUACUGACACAACAACGAAUUCUCCUGCUGUUCAUUAA